AUGUCUUGCAAAGCAUCCACCGAGAACCAUCGGGACAUCCCAGGCGAUCCACGGACAGUCAAGAGUCAAGUUCUCGAGACAGGAGCCUCAAUGAUCCAAGAUUUCUCGCCAGUCAAGCAGAUCUGCGCCCAUCUCAAUGCAUUCCACGUCUACGCCAGUGACCCAACCCGCUGCAUCGAGGCCAAUCAUUAUUGCACCCAUCUAACAGAAGACGUGCGCCAAUGCCUGAUCUAUGACUCCCCCGAGAAAAACGCCCGUCUCCUGGGCGUCGAGUAUAUGGUGUCACCGCGGAUUUUCUCAACUCUCCCUGAAGAAGAGCGUAAGCUCUGGCAUACACAUGAAUUCGAAGUGAAGAGCGGCAUGCUCAUUAUGCCUGCGCCGGCUGGAGUGCCGAAUCCUGUGUGGGAGGCUGCAGAGACGGCUGAAAUGCAGGAUGUUGCGCCAAUAUAUGGGAAGACAUAUCAUUUCUGGCAGGUCGAUCGGGGGGACCCUGUUCCUAUGGGUCCACCGCAGUUAAUGGGAAGCUUUACAUCGCCUGAAAGUGUUGAGCUGGCAAAGCCUGGUGGGAUGGAUGCUUUGCUUGGGGAGCGGGAUGGGAGGUUUGGGGUGGAUUAUCGACAGAAAGCGAAGAAACGGGAGGGAAUUGAGCCAGUCGAGAAGCACAAGGGUAUGAUCUAUCGCCUCGGUUUGUACUAUGCACUCUUGCACUUGAAACUGACUGGGUAA